AUGUCUUCCACCUUUGACCGCCUGACAAAGUCGUCGUCGCGCGCAUCCCGGACCUCCAGCAAUCAAUCCCGACCGGUCUCGUCGUUUAUGAGCCGGGCGUCCAGCUACAUGACCGGCAACCGUCGCAACCAGGGCGCAUCGGAAUCCCAGGCCUCCACCCUCGACCCCAACAUGGGCAUCACCGCCACCCCUCAGCAGUCCCGAGGCGGUCUCCGCCCCUUUCAGGGCGUCUUUCCGGCGCCCGACGCCAGCGUCAAGCUUUCGCGGCCCAAAGAGCUCUCCGAGGACCAGGAGCGCAAGUAUCAGCAGAUGCUAGAACACUUCCGAUCCGUCGAAGAAUACCCGGUCAGCCUCAAGGACUCGUCGGCCGGCAAGAAGCCGCUCGACGACUGGGAGCGGCUGCGUAUGCUCUCGCGCGAGUCGAUGCUCCGAUACCUGCGGGCGACCAAGUGGGACGUGGCGGCGGCCAAGAAGCGGCUGACGGACACGAUAGUCUGGCGGAGGGAUUAUGGCGUCGACAGCCUCGACCCGGCCCAGCUCGAGCCCGAGGCCGAGACGGGCAAAGAGACGAUCCUCGGCUACGACAAGAGAGCGAGGCCUCUCCAUUACAUGCAUCCCAGUCGCAACACGACGGAGGAGACGCCGCGGCAGAUGCAGUUUGCCGUGUGGAUGCUCGAGGCGGCCAUCGACCUGAUGCCGCCGGGCGUCGAGCAGCUGGCGCUCCUGAUCAACUUUGGCGGCAAGAACCGCAACCCGACCAGCAUCAGCAACGCCAAGCUCAUGCUCUACAUCCUGCAGAACCACUAUGUCGAGCGCCUCGGCAUCGCGCUCUGCAUCAAUGUGCCGUGGCUCUUCAAGGCGUUCUGGAACGCAAUCUACCCCUUCAUUGACCCGGUCACCAAGUCCAAGUGCAAGUUUGACGAGGCCAUCAAGGAGGAGGUGCCGGCAUCGCAGCUGGCCGCCGACUUUGGCGGCGAGGUCGACUUCCAGUACGACCACGCCAAGUACUGGCCGGACCUGGUGGGGCUCGUCCAGCAGAGGCGCGAGGAGCAGCUGAAGCGCUUCCGCGAAGACUGCAACGGCGAGAUCGGAGCGUCGGAGUGGGUCAUCCGCGGUGGAGACGAGCAGGACCCUCGUUCGGCCCUGAAGAAGGACUCGGCCUACGCCGAAUCGCCGGAAUUGACCGCCGCCGCCAUCGCUGCCCAGACUGCUGCCGCGUCGGCGCCGGCUGCGGUGGCUGCUGCGGCAGCUGGUGCGGCGGUACCCGAGGCGGACGUCGGACCCGCCUCGCCCUCGACACCGACACCCAAGCCCGAGAAGCAGGUCACCUACCAGAGCGGCUCGCGCGUCGACAGCGAUACCGACUCGCUCCUGGACCGCUUCGUGACUUCGCAGGAGGAGCUGCCCGAGGACCCGCUGGCCAAGGAGGCCGGCGAGCAGCUGAGCCAGACCAACUCGGACUCGGAGAACACGACCGUAGUCAACGACGCCGGCGAUGCGCCGCCGCGUGCCUCGGCCGACUCCAGGAGGCACGACGCCAGCGAGGCCCAGCCGCGAUCCUCGUCCGACUCGCGCAAGCACCACUUUGGCUCCCUCUUCCACCGCAACAGCAAGAAGGAGGGCAAGCACCAUCACCAACGCGGCGCCAGCACCGCCGGUUCCGGCAACAAGGAGCACGACAAGUCGCUCUUUUCGGCCGUCGUCGGCAACCUGCACUCGGCCGUUCACCGCAACUCGUCCGACGAGCACCACAAGCGCGGCCACGCCUCCGAGGCCGACGCCGACAAGCCUGCCCUCCGCCACGCCGACUCGAGGAACGUCGUCCACGCCGUCUAG